AUGCCGGACGCCAACAGUUACAAGUGGUUUACAGGCUAUGACGUGGUGUCUGGGUCAUUAUAUGUAGUUGCCUUAUUCUUCACGUGGUGUCACUCGGUUCUCAAUCUAAACAAGAAAGGUCACCAUUGGCAAUCUCAAUUCCCAAGACGGAACAGCAGCACCAAGUGGGGAAAUAUGCUCUCAAUUAUUGCCUUCCCUAUCCUCGCGCGAGUGAUCGUUUAUGAUAUCUCAACGCCUCGGACUAAGAAACAGCCCUCUUUAUAG